CCUGCCCGCGACGACCCCACGAGCAGCACCACCGCCCCAGACAUGUCGGCACCCAUGCGUCAACACCCGCUGGCUGCCCAGCGCCCGCCCUUCAGCGUCAACGGCUCGCCCUCGCCGCGCUCGUCGCGAGAAGCCUCGCCAGCAGGCCCUCACCAGCGCAGUGCCACGCCGUCCGGUGCCAGCGUGAGGCCGGGCUUCCGCUCACGCAAGAGCAGCGCCGAUGCGAGUCCCAGCCGCGCCUCCAGUCUGUCCAACUCGACUGCUGCCCCGGGCGUGCAGCGUGCCCUGUCCUCCACCAGCAUACCGGAGCUCACCCCAACAUCGUCGACCGACACGGUGCGAGCCUCACGCGCUUCCAAGCCAUCGUCAAAACCGAAUUCGGGCGACACGACUCCCCAUUGGCCCCUCUCACCGCGCCUCAAGUCACCACCGCCGGGCGACGACGGCCGCUCACGUUCGCGCACCAACUCGCUCCGUUCGCAGAUCAAGAAGCCCGAGGCCCAGUCGACGCCUGCUAUUGUUGUCCAGAGCUCGUCCCCAGCCUCAGUCUCUCGCUUCCCAGUCAGAGAAGACGCGCCCGCGAGCGACGUCGACAAGCCACCCUCCCAGCCACAGCCACAGCCUCAGCAAACCAUCAAGGCGCCCUCGCGGAGUUCCGGCGGCGUGGCUCCCAAGCUGGCAACGGUGCAAGAAUCUAGCUUGCCUGCCACACCCGGAUUUGAUGGUCUAGAGCCGCAAAGCUUUGUUCCCCCAGCGACUUCCCACAAAACUGACCAGGACCGAAAUGACGUCAAUUCCUCCAAAGUCACCGAAGACCUCAGCACCAAGCACGACACGUCCAAGCACACUGAGAGUGGGAGCGACAGCGCGACCAAGAGCGCCAAGAAGGGCAAGAUGCAGGAACAGCGCUCCGCCUACACUCAUCGUCCACACACCGUCUCGGCCAAACCCUCCCUCUCCUCCAUGUCGACGCGAUCGCGAGACCCGCCCCUCCGCAACAUGACGGUCGAAACCGAGACCGUGCCCUCUGUCGCGCAGCCAUCGAUUGUAAACCAGGACCGAUCCGCCUCGGGUCGCGUCGACGGCGGCAUACGGCUAAAGCCCAGUAACGAGACAAUUCGUCCCAAGAACCAGAAGAAAGCCCCCAAACGGAAGGCCGCAUCCAUCAAUGCAGGCACUGGUAGGUUCCAACACAUCUCGUAUCACUACUACAUUCCAAGCCUGCCUGAGUACGGCUCUCGCUCCGGCGUAAACCCGUCACUCGGCAGCCCCGUCUUAUACCGCUCAUAUGACCAACGGCCGUCUUCACUGACCAUGUCACCCCCAAGCCCAGCGUUGAGCAUGGCUCCUCCCCGCCCUCCCCAUCUCAGCUAUUUUUAUUCAAGCACUAACACAAGUUACCGUACAGCUUCAUCCAAAGCAGAUGUAUUCGAACAAAAGGUGGCCAGCGCCGUCGACGAGGCCGACUCGUCUGACUCGGAUGCUACCUUUAUCUACGAAUCGAAUCCUCCCGAGCAGCCCACUCGCAGCCGCCAGCAUCACUCGCGAACGCCAAGCAUGACGUCGCUAGCCAGCCUCACAGAUCCACGACUCCAAAUCCUCGAUACCCACAAGCAUCCAAGUAAGAAGAGCAGCAGGACUAAAUUCACGAACCCAUACAGUAACGCGAGUAUCGAUGGCGAUGACCGCGGCGAAGGCACUGUCCGCAUCGGCUCCGGACGAGCGGGCGGAGGCAGCCACCAUCACCACAUUGGAAGACACGGCCAGGGUCGGGGCGCGCUCAGCCACAUCACUAUGGACACCGACAAUACCGUACCACAAUCUUCGCGCGCACGUGGCCCGUCCUCCAGACACACGUCGCAACCGAACAGCCCUCGCUUCCAUACUUUCAAUGUUGGCAAUGGCCACAGCAACGGCAGCAAGAAAAGUGGGGAAUUCUCUGCAGCAUACGAUAUCGACGCCGAAAACAUCGCCGAUGAUGAGCGCACACCUCUAAUCCAGUCUGGGCGGAGCCCACGGGCCCGGACGCCUCGCCAGCGCAACACUGCCACUAUACGCCAGCUAGAGCGCCGCCAUCACCGUGAUGGUGGGUGGUGUCGGCGGUUCGCUGGCUGCCUGGUUCUCUCGAUCCUGCUGCUCGUCGUUGUAUUCUGCGCUGUUGGGCUCGUCUUUGCAACUACGAAGCCGCUUACUAGCCUUGUAGUGCGAGACAUUCAGAAUGUUGUUGCAAGUCAAGAAGAGAUUAUGCUAGAUCUCAUAGUCAACGCGGUCAAUCCCAACAUUAUCGGCGUCACAGUGUCCGACAUGGACAUCUCGCUAUUUGCUAAGAGCAAGCACGUCGGGUCGGACAGUUGGUGGCGUGAGCACGGGAAUGGCCCACAUGACAAUGUAGAAGAUUGGAGACCGAUCGAGGAAGACGCAGUUCCAGAUGUCUCGAUUACCGGUGUAGACGAAGGAACCGAUCCUAUCGAGGGCGAACCACGGACCAUGCUGCUAGGCCGCAUCGCCCACUUCGAUUCGCCAUUAAACUUUGAAGGUUCCUUUUUCCAGCGACACCGCGCCGAAUCUAUUGGCGAGCUCCGACUCUUGCAUCCCGGAAACAAGACCGAAGCUGGUGGCAGUGAUCGUUGGGAAGAGGUCCUCCAGUAUCCUUUCGAAUUAAUCGUGCGAGGCAAUUUCAAGUACACACUGCCUCUCAGCACGCAAGAGUUCAAAGUCCCCGUUACGGCAACCCAUUACUACGACCCGGAUAUUGAACGUAAGAAGAAGCUCGACUUUGCAGAGGAAAUAGAAAAGAGGAGGAAUCCAUUACCUGUAUCAACAAAGCCUUGGGGACGUUACGACCGCAGA